AGCUUGAUAGACUAGACCAUUCGAAGUCAAUCGGCAACAAACUUCUGACCCCGUAGUCAAAUCAAGCCAUCGCGAAUCAAAGCUAACGACACACCCGCGAUGGUAUCGCACCGACGUACAGUUACACAUGUGCGCUCUUCACAUGAGGGGGAGGAGCACGGGUGGCUCCACGUAGACUACUGGGAAGUGGAAUCCUCUCCGAGGUCUUAUAGACACAAGUGGGCUAGGUAAGCUUUCAACCAGAACCAACACGGUGAUCGCAAGCGGGGGCCGAGCGAGGGUGGUUCACAUGCAAGAUCGAAGGGCGUUAUACAUCGUUACUCUAGAGGAAAUGUGGGCGGCGCGGACCAUCCUCGGUUCGUUUUCUGUUGAUAUACAAUUGUCGAUCACAGACGUUUUUAUCAUCGAGUGUUGGUUUUUCCUUUUUACUACCGAGUUAGAGGGUAUAUACAUAUAUACACAGGUCUAACUAUCGAGUAAGAAGUAUAUUAUUCCCAUGUCCGCCAUUCUCUCGAGCUCCGCGCCGCAUGAAGAUGAGAUCAAGCGCCGAGGCUAUGCGUCCUUAUUCCAGAAACACACCGUCUUCCUGACGGGCAGCACCGGGGCGCUGGGGGCGUGUCUCCUGUACAAGCUUGCGACGCAGGUGCCGACGCAUAAGAUCUACGUUCUGAUCCGGGGGUCUGCGGACCUGGCGAUCCGGAAAUGGAAGAAGGCGAUGCCCGUGCAGACGGCCCCGAUCCUCAAAUCGCGGAUCGUCCAUUUCGUGGUCGGGGACAUGACGAAGCCUGACUUCGGGAUCGAUGCCGCGGUCAUGGAGGACCUGCGACGGCAGGUCACGCUGGUCAUCCACGCGGCGGCUAAGAUCACGCUGGACGCGGACGUCGCGGAGGCGGUCGAGAAUAAUUGUCUCCCGUCGCUGGAGAUGGCGCGGAUUGCGUCGCGGUUUCGCAGGCUGAAGAUGCUGGUGCAGGUGUCGACGGCGUAUGUGAGUAGCUUCUUGCCGGAUGGGCAUGUCGGCGAGAAGCUGCACUCUGUUGUUGCUGAGGCUGGGGAAAAAGGUGAGGAUGAGGAUCCGGAGGAGGCGUUGAGGGCGAUCCUCCGAGGAGAGGGAUUUCCGUACACGGAACGAUUCUCGUCAACAUAUACUCAUGCCAAGUAUCUGAUGGAGCGUCUGAUGUUGAAGAGAUUCCCCACGUUGCCGUUGUUGCUGGUGCGUCCGACUAUCUUCGGGCCAGCAGUCAGGGAUCCAUACCCGAAUUACGCGCCAGAGAAUUCCACCCCUCUGAAUAAAUUCGGCAUGCUCUUCCUUGCGAGCCAUGGGGAGACGCAAACCUGGCAUGCGGCUGAGGGGUACGACACUGGUGCGAAUACGUUAGAUGAGAUCCCGGUUGACUUUGUGGCAAACGCUUGUCUUCUUCAUGCUGUCGCGGGAACACAAGGUAUCGUCCAUGUCGGGUCGCAGUUGUUUAUGAAGGUGACGCUGGAUGAGAUUAUGCAGCUGGCGUACGCGCAUACCCCCGAGGAUUAUCGCAAUCCUUUACCGACGGUACAUUUCGUGAAGGACCGCAGCAUUCCACAGUGCUUCCUUGCGGAUCUGGUCAAGGUUGGCUCACGUAAUUGGUUGUUCGAUUGUGGCCGGUCAUUCUGGUUAAAGCAGCUAGGAGGUCCGCUGAGCUUAGCCGCCUGUCAGCAUGAUGUAGACAGGAUUAAAGUCAAACGGGCCGCAGAGAUUUUCGAGCGAGUGCCGAGGACAGUGAAGCUUUAGCAGGUGACAUGUCUUGCAGUAUCGAAUGAUUUCACCUUGUACUGAUAUUCAUGAACGGUUAUCAGGGUUGAUUCCAAGUAGGCACG